AUGGGGAAGUGUCGCUUUCACUGGCUGUUCUUCCCUUCUCUAAGACUGACCAGCAGCUUUCGGAGGUGCCCUGUUUCAAACAGGAGUUUGAUAAUUGCGAGUGUGUGUGUUGUGUAUUUGUUAUUGCUGGUUUCACAAGCUGGAUACUCGAAGCAGCACCGGGACAGAAGGAUUGAUAAAGACAACUACCGACACACUCGUGGAUUGUAUAAUUUGGAUAUUAGUGAUGCAGACUAUGUGGAUUUGCAGACCGGUGUUGGCUUUGUGGUCCCGACACGGUCCAACGUGGUGUAUAUAACGCUGAAGUCUAAGCGCCUGAAACCAGCAAAUAUUCGGGGUACAAUCAGACCAAAACUGAGGAGAAAAGUGAGAAGGAAUAAGGAGGACGAUUCAGCUUUUACGCAGAACAAACUUGGCACUUUGGAGUGGGACGCGGGCCAAAUUAAGCGCAACUUUGCACCCAAGACUUCCUCGGGAGAAACCAAGGAUGUUUAUUAUAAAUCUUUAGAUAUAAUCCAUACAUCUCACACAGAUGCACAGGCAGACACUCACAUUAGUUCUAUCCGAAUCUACAGCCAGAGGGCACCGCCAUGGUUCAGCCCGCAGGACGUGGAAGCCAUGCGCUUUCUCGCGGAUGCCAAAGUUUUGCGCAUCAAAGAAGUUUCUCAUGGAGACUAUCCGUCCCUUUUGAUAUUUGAGGGCGAGACAAACGUUUCAAAGACCAACCAACAACACACACAACGGAACAAUAUAUGUGGAGGUCAGUGCGGAGUGAUCAGCAGCCCCGUGGACACCACCGAGGUCUUUGCUUUCCAUCUGGACAGGGUGCUGGGGUUCAAUAGGACAUUACCAGCUGUAAGCAGGAAGUUCAGCUUUUUACACGAUGGCCAGCCCUGUCCAGUGGUGUCAUGGGAUGCAUCUCUCUACCCAGAAGGCCUUGCUGCAGGCUGGUCCACCGUGAGGUUGACAUGGGGGGAGUACCAGAGCUCCCUGAAACAGAAGUGUUGGCAUAAAAACAUCAGCCCGAAGCCUGACUCCGGCUGCUCCACCGUUCAUCACUACGAGUGGAGUAAACUGGCUCUGUUUGACUUCCUGUUGCAGAUUCACAACCGUCUGGAUCAGAGCUGCUGUGGAUUCAGGCCGAGGCAGGAGGACGUGUGUGUGGAACUCGGCCUCAAGGCUGAAUGUGGGGAGCAGAAGCACAUACGGCUGACAAACAUCGUCCACAGGGGAGACGACCCCCGACACCUGGUCUUCACCAACAACAAGGGCUUCUUCGACCGCAACGAGGACAACCUGGACUUCAGGGUCCUGGAAGGAAUCAAAGAGCUCCCAGAGCCGGCGGUUUCGGUGCUGAAGAGCAAGAGGCUGAGGGAGAAGCUCCUCCAGUCUCUGUUCCUGGACCAGACCUACUGGGAGAGCCAGGGAGGCCGGCAGGGCAUCGACAAGCUGAUCGAUGUAAUUAAGAGGCGGGCCGACGUCCUCCUCACCUACAUCAACGCUCAUGGGAUCAAAGUCCUCGCGAUGAACGUGUGAUGAGUGUCGAGCCUCAGGACCGUAUCAUUCUACCCUGAAAUAUUGGAAAGAAGAAACAAGAUUAAUGAAUAAUUAUAGAUUUUUUAAUGCUUUUGUAAAACAAUUAUCCUGUAGCUAAUGAAGGACUUAUUAUAAAUUGCUCACUAUUCUUUCCAAGUUAUGUUGUUUGUGUCCUUUGCAUAAGUCACCGAGAACAGCUUUAAUUUAACUUUUAAAAUGAGCCAAACUUCUUGUACUUCAGGAAACUAGUCGUGUGUCAUUCUUCCAAGUCUGUUUUCCUUUCUUCCCCGAAGGCUAGAACACUGCUGUCACGAUGAGUACAGGAUAUACUGCAUAUAUUUAUAUAUAUAGCUAUAACUUCUGCUCUUCCUCAGGCCUGCAGUAGGCGAAGUGUAAUUUGCAUUUUAUAUGAAAGGAAUGCACAAAAUGAUACGUUGUUUUCUUCUCUGCUGCUCGAGUGUGUUGCAGGAUUAAGAUGUUGCUAAAGUAUGUUAGCGCAUAGCUAACAAGCCACGACCCAAAUGCACUUGGAGCGAUUGGGGUCUCACAUUAUACACUGAAAAGACGAUUAAUCUUGUGUACAAAAAACACAUUAUCAUGAAUAUUGCACAUUGGAAACUUUGCAUAGUGACUGUACCUUUAAGAUUAGACGUCAGAUGGUGUUACUCUCUUUUAUACACAUUAUUUUCAGUUUCACGACAACAGCAUCUUUAGCUGCAGCCAUUUACACUGUAUUUAUUUAUUUUCUUUAAUUGACGAAGAUGUUCGAGCAUCAGAUGUUCAAUAAUAACA